AUGCUACCUAAUAAUUUGAGGGAGAUUGUGGAAUCUACUUACAAGAAGGCAGUUGAUGAUGGACAUAUCAAGUUUACCGAGUCAUCUUCUAAAAAAGUGAAAGAUCCGGAGACUGGAAUGACAUACCAAGUGACAUAUGCGCCAUCGUUACAGCAUAAGCCUGAGAGGGAGCCAGAAAGCGAAGAAUCUAAGGAUAAAGUUAAGGAGGAUCCAUUUGCUAAACCAGAACCUGAAUUGACUGUCUUGGACAAUUGUUUGGACGAUUAUAGACUAGUACUCAACAAAUACCCAGUUACACCAAACCAUUUGAUUUUAGUUACUAAGGAGUAUCUUUUACAGACAUCUCCUUUGAGUCCAAAGGACUUGCUAGCCACUUAUAAACUAUUGGACCAAUUGGACGAUGAGGAUGAAAUGUUAAGACAUCUAGCAUUUUACAAUUGUGGUCCAGACAGUGGAUCAUCCCAAGACCAUAAACACCUCCAAAUCUUGCCUUUGCCUUAUAAAUUUGUCCCAUUCCAGGACAAGAUCUGCAGUGGCAAGGAACACUUCAUUCCUAAUGCAAAGACUGAACCACUACAGGAUUCAAAGGUCUCCUUUGCACACUAUGUGGUUCCAUUGCCACAGGACCCUUCCGCAGUAGACGAAGAGUUACUAGCUAUGACCUUCGUCUCAUUGCUCCAAAGAACUCUAUCGUCCUUCCAAGACUGGGAAGGUACACGUGAAACUGCAGGUAAGCCUGUCAUUCCGGCAUACAACGUGUUGAUGACCAAGGAAUGGCUAUGUUUAGUGCCUAGAUCUAAGGCUUUUGCCUCUGAACCUUCCAGGAUUGGGUUCAAUGCAACUGGAUAUGCAGGUUUGGUCUUAGUAAAAUGGGAAGAAUCGUGGGAUGCUGUUAACAAAGACCCAACAUUGUUAAACAAGUUGCUGCUGGAAUGUGCUUUCCCAAGUACUGCAGGCAUCAAACCAACGGAAUACCACUACUAA